AUGUCGUCGUACGGUAGUACUGGUCCGUCUAUGGCUAAGCCAUUGAUGAACAGUGAUGAGUCUGGUCAUCAAAUAAGACGAGUGGUGAUGUUGAAGAAACAAACGGAAAUCAGGAUCCAUGUGCAUGAGAUUUCGCCUCUUAAACUCCGUGUGCUCGAUGGCAAAGUUGAGAUUUUUGGUUCCGAGCUUCCACCAAAAGCCUGGCUCACAUUUCAACCUCUCCAACAAUUCGCCGUUUUCACAUGGUAUGGUGCAACACUUGAAAUAGAUGGCGUCACAAGAUCUGAAAAAACAUCUGACGAGACACCUAUGAUGAGCUAUCUUAAUUUGCACAACACUUUACAAGUGCAAAGACAUCAUGUUACGUCCUCAGCAAGGUAUCCUGGAUCUUCACAGGGACCAAGAGUUAUCAUCGUAGGGGAUACUGACUCCGGGAAGAGCACAUUAGCUAAGAUGCUUCUUAGUUGGGCAGCAAAAGAUGGUUGCAAACCAACAUUUGUUGAUCUUAACGUUGGUCAAAGCUCAAUCACUAUGACUGGAACUAUCGCUGCUACUUCCAUAACAAUGCCAUUGGAUCCAGUUGAAGGGUUUCCUGCUAAUAAGGCUAUUGUGCAUUACUUUGGUCACAAGGCAGCGAAUAACAACAUUAAACUGUACAAAGCUCUCGUUGAAGAGCUUGCUGGAGAAUUAGAAGAAGAGUUUGCUAAAAACGCUGAAUCACGAAAUGCUGGUAUGGUGAUUGACACAAUGGGAUGGACCAACGGUCUUGGUUGUGAGCUGCUUAAGCAUGCAAUAAGGAUGUUUAAUGCAUCCGUAGUUGUUGUCCUUGGUCAAGAGGACACUCUCGUCAAGGAUCUAAACAGAGCUUUCAAAUACAAGAAGGAUUUACAAAUCUUGAAGCUUGAAAAGUCAGCUGGAGUUUUCUCUAGAUGCUCUACUUUUCGCAAAAGAUUGAGGAACAAUAGCAUUAAGAAGUACUUCCAUGGAGCCACUAAUGAUCUCACGGCCUACACCAAAACCGCAAAGUUCAGUGAUGUGCAAGUAUACCAGAUUGGUGACUUGCGAGGAUCAUCAAGAUUUGGUCAACCUUUGAAGAUCACACCUGUGUCAAUUGACAUGGAUCUUGUGAAUAAAGUUCUUGCAAUAUCAUACGCCAAACAGCCUGACGAGAUCAUCUCAAGCAUUGUUGCUGGCUUUGUGUGUAUCAGAGAUGUUGAUAUUGAUGAGGAGACAAUCACAUAUAUAUCUCCAUCAGUUGCGGAAUUGCCAAGCAAUAUAUUGAUCAUGGGAACUUUGACAUGUAAUGAAACUUGA